ACGUCAGAAGCCAGGUUUUGUUGUGUUGAUUUGAAAAACAUGGUUCCUCUACUCCCAACUUUCACUCAAGGUUCCGAUAGAAGAAUUUAAUCAGUGUUGUAUUCCAGUUAAUUUGCUAUUUAAUAAUCGAUAUUCCUGAUUGCCGGUGUAAACGGAACCGAUUUAGUAGCCUAUGUUUUUCUUUGUUUGAGGGCAUCAUUUUGCUUUAAAAUCCAAGAGGAAGCCCUCAUCCUCCUUUGUUUGGUGUGGAGUAUUCUUUUUCUUUUUGGCAACACACAGUGGAUAUGUACAGAUAUUUUUCAUAAAAAGAAUGUACAACAGCCACACAAUGAUGGCUACUAACAUGUCCGAGGCAUCCAAUCCUCAUGGAUGCGAUAAUGGAGCAUUGAUGGACAGAUUCGGGGUAUUGAUCCAGGGUCUACUCGCGGUGGUUGCAUUCAGCACUUUGAUGUUGAAAAGGUUCCGUGAGCCAGCAGCCAUAAGAAGACCUUGGAGAAUUUGGUUUUAUGACACUUCGAAACAGGCGAUUGGUGCCCUCUUCAUUCACUUUGCCAAUGUCUUCCUCUCUACCCUCACCAAAGAGGACCCCUGCUCUCUCUACCUCAUGAACUUUCUGCUGGAUGCGACGAUGGGGAUGCUUGUCAUCUGGGUCGGGGUCAAGGUGGUGUCGUGCGUGGUGGAGUGCAAACAGUUAACUCUGCUGACGUUUGGAGAAUACGGUGACCCUCCUCAGGCUGCGGCCUGGCUGAGUCAGUGUGCGGUCUACCUUCUCAUCAUGGUGCUGGAGAAGUGCGUGAUCAGUCUGGUGCUGCUUAUCCCGGGAUGGACCAACUUACAGGAGGUUCUGCUGGACUACAUCCCAAACCCUCAGGUGGAGCUGGUCCUGGUCAUGCUCAUCGUGCCCUUCUUUGUCAAUGCGAUCAUGUUCUGGGUGGUGGACAGUCUGAUGAUGAGGCAGUACAAGAGUGUAAAGACCACUGACACACCACACGAGCAGGGAAAACCAACCCAGUCAUCCCCAUGGGUGACCAAUGAGGAGUCGCAGGAGCUUCUGAUGGAUGACCCAGACGUGGGCACAGACCCUGAGCCUUCAGAAGGGGAACAGGAAGUUGCAGACCAGGGCUUGAGUCCAGGCCUCUCGGGCGGUAUGCAGACUCCUGCCUGGGUGGUUGUGUAGGCCACCCCUCCUAACUCGCCUCCUCCUGAGUCCCGCCUUCACUGCAGAGGAGUCCUGCGUCGCCAUCGAUACACACUCCACGCCUAGCAACCAGAGAGAAACUCCUAUUGGGCAGGGCAAGCUGGUCAACACUGCAGUGCUUCUGGAUGUCUAAGGUCAUUCAGAGAAUCACAAUUAUGCCUUUACAAGGCUUAUGUAAUACCACUAAGCUUUUAGUGAAAGGUGCUCUUUGAAAAUAUGAGUUUAGGAAAAAUGUUUGAAUAGACCUAACAAGUAUUUAAUGUCUUUUAAAGACGGUUUUCUUGGUAUUUACUCUACUUCCGACCAAAUGUUUUCUCUGUUGAAUACUUGUUGAAAUUGUUAUUUUUUUUCAUUCUUUUAAGAGUUUAUACAUUUGAGAUAAGUUGGAUGUGUUUUUCAAAGAAACACCAUUGAAGACAUUUAGGUUUACUCUUGGUACUCUGUGCUGUGUGUGUGCGUGUGUGCUUGCAUGCGCAUGCGUGCAUGCAGGCAUGUGUGUGUUUAUUUGUUUUUGUGUAUUUUGUGGUCAGGAUGUGACUUUUUGUUUGGAUUCUGGGUUGAAAAGGACACUUGGGGAUUUGGUGAUUUUAUAUAAUCAGCUGAUGGGUUUGUGACAGAGCCAGAUUCUAAAUGAAAAUCCAUUCUAAAAUGAAAAGGUUAAUAAAGUAUCUGAAAUAUUGCUUUUCCUUUUUGUUAGAGAGAUGUUCUAGAGAGACACGUACACAGAGCACACACGCACAACUGUAUAAAACAGGUUUUAAGAGCAGCAUAAUGGUCCAGAACUGGUUUUGAAAGUUAUGCAUGCCAUCUUAAUUAGAGUGGGUGUAUGUGUCAAUGCGUCCUUUCAUUUCAAAACAAAAUAAGAUUAAAAAAAGUCUCACGUCUCUUCUUAAAACCUCCAGUGAGCAGUUCGUUUUUGAUUUCAGAAAUAAACAGAUGACGUGCGAGUGAAACAUGUUAGAGAUUCUUUAUGAUUACCCAAGCAGGUGUUUCCCCACCUCGUGAAGUUGGCCCCUCGCAUGUUGCGUGUACAAUAAUGCAUUCACAGUGAGUCUCUGUGCUGUAGCUCCAAAUGUAUUCUACCAGUUAACAGCCACCCACUCCUGAUCUUGUCCUUUGUAAUGGAGACACAGAGCAUACAGUACUUGCUGUACAUGGUCACACAUUCCUGUGGGCAGAAACUGCAAGUGGUGCUCCAAGUUGGUUUAAUAUCAAACAAUAUCAGGCUGCGAAAUAGAAUAUAAAAACAUAGCUAUUUCUAUUUGUUUUGUCUUGUGCCUUUUUGAUAAAUAUACUGUAUAUAUGUACAGAGACUCCUGUGGUGCAUUAGUGUGGUGUAAUGUGCUAUUGGCCUAUAGUGGGGCAGUUAAAGCUUAAAAUUGUGGCACUAAGAGCUUGUAAAAGAGCAGGUGCUUGUGAGAUGUCAGGGGAUAGCAAAGCCCAAGUGCUGAGUGUUGAACAAAACAUGGCUGAACAAAAAGGGUUAGCCUCUAAAUACCAGCACUUCACUGUGUUCAUUUGAGUUCAUUUUGUCUCUCAAAACAGCCAAAGCGAUUUCACUAGAACAUAACCUCUAAGCAAACCCUCUGUGAUUUUUUUUCCAUGUACUGUAUAAUCUGUUUUUUUCCCCCCAGUAUUUUUAUUGGUCUGCUCUGUGCAUUUGUCAAUUUUCAGUCAGGUGUUUAGGUUUGAAAAAGCCUUCAACUGAGAGAACCUGAAAUUAUUUCCUUGAUUCAUGUUUCAACAUGCUUGAUUGUAAAUGUCCCAAUACAUCUCACAGGAUUUCCUAUUUUAAAAGUAUUAAGUGUUAUUGCUAAAUAUACUUAUGCUUGCUUCAACACAGUCAUUAAAAUUUAAGCAUGUACAAAUGGUGAAUUAUAAAUACUUUUUUUUUUUUUUUUUUUUUUACAUUUGCUGUUAAGUGUAAAUGCCAUGUUUUGUUUUUUGUAUUUCUGAGAUGGAACAAGUGUUAUCACUUUAUAGCCUGAAUAAAGCAAAUUGUGA